AUGCCACCUCAAGGCAAUAGACAGCGGCAGGAAGAUGGUGAUCCAUCUCCGGCCAGCAAAAGGCAGCGUCUGGUGGUGCGUCUCAACAGGUCAGGCGGCAUGAGUCAUGACGCUGCAUCGGAUGAGGAUGAGGAUGGUGUGCAAGAGAGUGGCGAGGCAAGAUUGGUAGCCGGUAGACCUGCUGUAGCUGAUGUCCGCGGCAAUCACGGUGGAGGCGAUGCGGACGACGCCCCAGACUUGGCUGAGCCUGAAUUCAGAUCCGAUGGUGAAGGCUCGGAUGAGGAGGGCAAUGGUGGUCUCACCAUUGCAGUAGGUCGCGGUCGUCAAACAAACACGAAGCGAGGUGCUGGUGCAAGUCGUCGGAGCAAUGACGCAUCGAUGAGAGGUCGAAACGACAAUGCGGGUGAUAGCACGGGCGAUGAGCCCGACGAAGCGUUGACGCCGCCCAGUCACGAGGAUGGAGGCGACUUCAGCCUGCUGCCACUCAAGAAAGACCACGCCAGUAGACCACUCUGGAUCAAUCCGCACAACCGGCACAUCAUUCUCGAAGGUUUCAGUCCUAUCGCCGAGCAAGCGAUGGAUUUCUUGGUCGCAAUCGCUGAGCCGGUUAGCAGGUGAGUAGAGUGUAUGCGUGCGACUCGACAGUCGUCUCGAACACGCUGAAGACGCUUCACCACGCCGCAUCUUUGCCACAUGCAGGCCUGCACAUAUUCACGAGUAUCAGCUCACCAUGUACAGCCUGUUUGCUGCCGUCUCGGUAGGGCUGCAGCCGACGGACAUCCUGGAAGUGUUGAACCGUCUGUCAAAGUCUCCAAUUCCUCAGUCCAUCGUGGACUUUGUUCUAGACAACACCAAAAGCUUUGGCAAAGUCAAGCUCGUGCUGAAGCAGAACAAGUACUUUAUCGAGAGUGCACAUCCCGAUGUACUUCGAAUGCUGCUGCGGGAUGAGGUGAUUGGCAAGGCGCGCAUCACUGAAGCUGAGCGGAGCCAGCAGCAGAACGGCAACAAUCGGCUAGAGGUCUUGGGAAGAGCAGCAGCACCCAGCAGAGGCAACCUCGUCAUUCCUGGUACAAGCGGUGCACGCCAGGCUGGGCAAGGCGUGAACGGAUCCGGCGACAUUGUUCGCGAGCCACCAGGCAGCAAGACUGCGGCUUCGAAUGCCGCAGCCCAUGCAGCUGCGGCGUCCGGCGAUGUCGGCGCUGCUGGCGGCACCCUCAAUGACGCUGACCUCUUCAGCAGCAUCAUUGGCAUGGACGACGAGGCGGACGGACUAGGUGCCUCGGGCGGGAACGAGGACGAGGAGGACAUGGUGCACUCGUUUGAAGUGCGCGAAGAGGCGACCGAGGAGGUCCGAAGACGAUGCAACGACAUUGGCUACCCGAUGCUGGAAGAGUAUGACUUUCGCAACGACCACUCCAAUCCGGAUCUGGAAAUCGACCUCAAGCCCGUCACUCAGAUCAGACCCUAUCAAGAAAAAAGUCUGUCAAAGAUGUUUGGAAACGGCAGAGCUAGAAGUGGCAUCAUUGUGCUGCCUUGCGGUGCUGGAAAGACUCUAGUGGGCAUCACGGCCGCUUGCACCAUCAAGAAGAGCUGUUUGGUGCUUGCAACGAGCUCCGUCAGUGUGAUGCAGUGGAAGCGAGAAUUUAUGCAGUGGAGCAACAUUCAAGACCACCAGAUCAGCGUGUUCACCGCGGACCAAAAAGAAAAGGUGAGGCGUUGGUGUCGUGCGGGCAGAAAGUGUCCAUGCUGACGUGCUCCGUCACACAGUUUACGAGCGCCGCGGGAAUCGUCGUGUCCACCUACUCCAUGGUGGCAAAUACGGGCAAGCGGUCGCACUCUUCCCAGAAGAUGAUGAAUUUUUUGGAGUCUCGCGAAUGGGGUUUCAUCCUGCUCGACGAAGUGCACGUCGUUCCAGCAUCCAUGUUCAGACGGGUGCUGACGAAGAUCAAGGCGCACAGCAAACUCGGUCUGACAGCGACGCUGGUCCGAGAAGACGAAAAAAUCGACGAGCUAAAUUUCUUGGUUGGGCCCAAGCUUUACGAGGCUAAUUGGAUGGACUUGGCUGCAAAGGGUCACAUUGCGACUGUGCAAUGCGCCGAGGUGUGGUGCCCCAUGACACCAGAGUUCUAUAGAGAGUACCUUCGUGAAAAGAGCAGAAAGAGGAUGCUGCUGUACUGCAUGAAUCCGAAUAAAUUCCAAGCUUGCCAAUUCCUCAUCAAUUACCACGAAAAUAGAGGCGACAAGAUCAUCGUCUUUUCGGACAAUGUAUACGCCUUGGAGGUAAGUGAGAUGCUAAUGCAGCCAACGAACGCGUGCUCAUGCAAAAUUACAUGGUUCCAUCGUCUGGUCCAGGCCUAUGCCAAGAAGCUCAACAAGUUGUUUAUUCACGGAGGCAUCCCUCAAACCGAGCGCAUGCGCGUGCUGCAACAUUUUCAACACAACCCGACCAUCAACACCAUCUUCUUGUCCAAGGUAGGCGACACGUCCAUCGACUUGCCAGAAGCAACAUGCUUGAUCCAAAUCUCUAGCCAUUUCGGUUCGCGUCGUCAAGAAGCUCAACGGCUGGGUCGUAUUCUGAGAGCAAAGCGCAGAUCCGAAGAUGGCUUCAAUGCUUUUUUCUACAGUCUAGUGUCCACCGACACCAGUGAGAUGUACUAUUCGAGCCGAAGGCAAGCAUUCUUGGUGUCUCAAGGAUAUGCAUACAGGUGCAUCACCAAAUUGACCGGUCUGCAGGAGAUGGACGACUUGAUCCUCAAGACCAGAGAAGAGCAGAUUGAGCUCUUGCAAAGCGUCCUCAUAGCGAACGAUUCGGCGGCAGAUGUUGGCAAGGAUAUGGCUGGCGCUGGCGGCUGGGAGGAGGAAGGCUACGGUGGCGCUUCAAGCAGUGGCAAUAGGCGAAUCGGCGCUGCUCCUGCCUCGUUCAAAGCGAAGCGCUCGACGGGUACGCUGGACGCGCUGUCCGGUGCAGGCACCAUGUCUUACGUGGUGAGCACUACCUCCAGCCGCUUGCGUGUCAUGACAAGAGCCAGCUGACCCUUUGCCCUACUUCAAACGCACAGGAACGCAACAAGUCUGCCAAUCGGACUUUGGCAAAGGAGAGGCAUCCAAUUUUCAAGAAACAUUACAACAAGAAGUGA